AUGAAAUCUUAUUCUUCCUUAAUCCAGAACCUAUACAACCUUGGAGCAAGAAGAAUCGGGGUCACGACUCUGCCACCAACCGGAUGCUUGCCGGCUGCCAUUACCUUAUUCGGCUUCGGAAGCAAUCAGUGUGUUGAUAGGCUCAACCGAGAUGCCGUUUCUUUUAACGAAAAAAUGAAUGCGACAUCUCGGAAUUUGAGGGCCAAUCAUCCGGGAUUGAAACUUGUGGUUUUUGAUAUCUACCAGCCUCUCUUGGAUUUGGUCUCAAAACCAAGUGAUAGUGGAUUUUUUGAGUCGAGGAAGAGUUGCUGUGGGACGGGCGUAAUCGAGACGUCGUUUUUGUGCAAUUCGUUAUCUGUAGGAACGUGUUCGAACGCGACAGAGUACGUUUUCUGGGACGGAUUUCACCCCUCGGAAUCAGCUAAUGAGAAGUUGGCACAGAGUCUGCUUGAGCAAGGGUUUGAUCUCAUAUCUUAA